CAGUCCUGCUCCCUGACCCCUCUUAACAUAACCUGUAAAAUUCGUUUUACAGGAUUAUAAUUUUGCUUCUAAAAUGUCUACAAAUUCUAUAGAAAAUGAGAUCGACAAAAACGAACAGAAAAACGACAACGAUUUAGAAAUACCCAUGGACUUUUCUAUUAAACACCCAUUACAAAAUGCUUGGACUCUAUGGUAUUAUGAAAAUGAUAGAACCCAGGCAUGGGAAAAAAAUCAAAAAGAAAUUGCCACUUUCCAAACCGUGGAGGACUUCUGGAGCCUUUAUAACCACAUCAAACCUUCAAGUGAAUUGAGGCAAGGAACUGAUUAUUCCUUAUUCAAGAAAGGAAUUAGACCAAUGUGGGAAGAUGAUGCCAAUAAACGAGGAGGCAGAUGGCUGCUCAGCUUAGAAAAGAAACAAAGAAACAAUGAUUUAGAUAGAUACUGGUUGGAUAUUAUAUUAUGCCUUAUUGGGGAAGCCUUUGAAAAUUCUGAGGAAAUAUGUGGAGCAGUUGUUAAUAUAAGGCAGAAGGGUGACAAAAUAGCUGUUUGGACCGCUGAUGCCCGGAAUAACGUCGCAGUUAUAGAGAUAGGAAGAAUAUUAAAGGAAAGGCUUCAUAUACCUCCCAGGGUUACAUUGGGUUACCAGUUACAUACAGAUACGAUUCAGAAGACUGGAUCCGUUUCAAAAUAUUCAUAUACUGUAUAAUACUGCAGGGAAUUUUAGAUAUCACGGAUAAGCAAUAGAAAAUUCAGAUGCAACUAAUUUAAUGUCAUACUUUUAUUGUUGUACAUUUAACGUUUCUAAACUUUUAUAUCCACAACAUUUCAUAUUCUUGAUUCAAAGGUGAUGUGAUGAAUGUUAAGUUUAUUAUUGCAUGUAUUUGACUUAAUAAUGGUAACACAUUGAUUGUUGUUACAAAGAUAGGAGCUUCAAAAGUACAUAGUUUCAGUAUUUAAUUUUUUUGUCAUAAAAAACAGCGUCUUAACAUUUAUAUCACUUUUGUUUUCUUUUGCUGGUCAAUCCAUGUGAAUUUGCUAUUACUCACGUUGCAUCUGGACAUUUUUUUGAAAAUCUGUGUUGUCAACUUAAUUAAACAGUUAAUAUUAACAUUCAUAGUUAAUUUGAAAUUGUAUCUUUUAGUACUCAAUAAUAAUAUUUAGUUUGAGCGUUUUUUAUUGUUACAGAAAUUUAGAAUUCUUUUGGUAUGAAUGAAAUUCUACAUAUUUGUUUAGGUUAUUUUGUUUAUUUUUUUUUUAACUAGCAAAAAGGUACAUAUUUAUGCUUAUCUGUAUUUAUAUGAAUAAAACCGAUAAACUUG